CAAAAUUUUAUGUGGUAGGCCUGAUAUAUUAUGUUAUCGUAGUGGAGCGUUUGAGGAAUACAGGUCACAAAUUAUAAAAAACAACAUCAUUUAUUAGCACAUUGCGAGUAUUGGCCAUUGGGUAUAUUUUAUAUAUCUGUUUGUGCUAAUUACUGUUUUGCGAUUGAGUCUGAAUUUGUUUUGUUCGCACGUCUGCACGUUGUAGAUAUUAAAAGGAUGUCUGACACUGGCGAUCGAAAAUCAAGCUGUGGCUCAUCCUUAACUUGUCAUGCUUUAAGGUUAAGACCCGGCCAGAACAUCACAGAUGAAAUUGUCAGAUGUGUGAAAGAAAAUGAACUGAAAGCUGCGUUUAUUCUAACAUGCUGUGGAAGCGUCACUAAAGCAACUAUUCGCAUGGCGAAUGCCAGUUCAACAAACACAAACGAAAUAAAAACUCUUGAUGGGAGACACGAAAUUACAUCUCUUGUCGGAACUGUUUGUAAUUCUGGUGAUUUCCAUCUUCAUGUCACACUGGGUGAUGUAGCAGGAAACGCUAUAGCAGGUCACGUCAUGGGGGAUAUGGAGGUUUUCACAACUGCUGAGAUUGUACUUGGUGAAUGCAACGGCCUGUCGUUUACCAGAGAAUUUGACAAAGAAACAGCAUUUGAUGAAUUGGUAAUCGGGAAAAGAAAUUGAAGUUGUGGUCGCUCUGCUCAAUGGUACCACCAAUGAGUUUUUUUUCAUAAUUAUGAGAGAUUUGAUGUUUGGGUACUGGGAAUUUCUGCUCUAGAGUUGGUUGGUUGAUUCUGCUCCUGGUUGCAUAUAUCAAAUCGCUUAAUCAGCAUAGUUCUGUAGUUGUUUGUGCAAAUUUAUAGAAUGGUGUGGUUGCGGUUAUGAUGAUGUGAAACUGUACUUGUGUUACUUAGAAAUAUAUUUGUACACCAAUGACU